AUGGGGGUUUUGGGUUGUUGCUUCCUGUCCCUGAACAGCAACCUGGCUGGCUUCGCCAGAUCAGGACUCUUCAUCUGCCUGGUGUGCCUCUGCGACCUGGCUGCUUCCCAGUGGGUUCCCCUCCGCCUGUCCGAUGGCCCACACCACUGUGCCGGCAGGGUCGAGGUCUUCUACGAGAACCAGUGGGGAACGGUGUGUGACGACCACUGGGACUUGGUGGAUGCUGGCGUGGUAUGCCGGCAGAUGGGCUGCGGCACGGCACUGUCAGCCCCCGGGGCCGCGCAUUUCAGAGCAGGGCCUGGUCCCAUCUGGCUGGAUGACGUCAACUGCACAGGGAUGGAGGUCGCCCUGUCUUACUGCAAGACAAAGGGCUGGGGAAAGAACAAUUGCCACCACGGUGAAGAUGCUGGUGUGGUGUGUUCAGGUAAUGCCCUGCAGAACGGUCCUGCAGAGCUCCGCCUGGUGAACGGCCCGAACCGCUGCUCUGGAAGAGUAGAGGUGAUGCAUGAGCACCAGUGGGGAACUGUGUGUGACGACGACUGGAGCUUCCCCGAUGCCAACGUGGUGUGCCAGCAGCUGGGCUGUGGGACAGCGGUCUCAGCCUAUAGCGCAGCUCACUUUGGCCAGGGUUCGGGCCCCAUUUGGCUGGACAAUGUUCAGUGCAGUGGGACUGAAGCUGCCCUGUCCGAAUGCCUGGCCAGACCUUGGGGUGUCAACAACUGCGACCAUGGAGAAGACGCCAGCGUUGUGUGCACAGUCACCGAUACACCAGCUCGUCUGCGCCUGGAGAAUGGCCCCAGCCGCUGCGCGGGGCGCGUGGCAGUGUUCUACCACCAUCAGUGGGGGACGGUGUGCGACAACGGCUGGAGCCUGGCUGAGGCAGCGGUGGUCUGCUGGCAGCUGGGCUGUGGGACGGCCAUCUCAGCCCCGAGGUCGGCUCACUUCGGGCAAGGGUCUGGCCGCAUCUGGCUGGAUAACGUGAACUGCACGGGGACAGAAGCUGCCCUCUCUGAAUGCCAGGCCAGGCCAUGGGGAUCCAACAGCUGUGACCACCGGGAAGACGCUAGUGUGGUGUGCUCAGGUGAUCCACAUUGGUUGGGAUAACGCCUGCUGCGGCUGGCAAAAGGCUCGAACAGCUGCCUGGGGAGAGUUGAGGUCCUUCACGACCAGAAGUGGGGGACCGUGUGCGACGACACCUGGGACAUCCACGAUGCUGCCGUUGUGUGCAAGCAGCUGGGCUGUGGGAUGGCACUGUCAGCACCAGGCUCGGCUCAUUUUGGGCCAGGGACAGAUCCCAUCUGGCUGGAUGGCGUUCACUGCACGGGAACCGAGUCUGCCCUCACCAAGUGUGAGCUGAGCAACUGGGGAGAGCACAACUGUGGCCACAGCGAGGAUGCUGGCGUGGUGUGCUCAGGCGCAGCUGCUGACAGCCCAGGGGGGUUCCUUCGCCUGGUGGGCAGCUCCGACCACUGCGCUGGGCGAGUGGAGGUGCUCCACAACGGGACGUGGGGGACAGUGUGUGACGAUGGCUGGGGUUCCUCCGAGGGCCAGGUCGUGUGCCGGCAGCUGGGCUGCGGGACAGUACUCUCGGUGGCACCAGGAGCUCGGUACGGAGAAGGGACAGGACAGAUCUGGUUGGAUGAGGUCAACUGCACCGGUGAGGAAAGGGACCUCUCUGAAUGCCGGGGGGAACACAACUGUCACCAUGUGGAGGACGCCAGCGUUGAGUGCUCAGACUCCAGCAUCACCGCCCUGGGCACCCUCCAGCUGCUCAAUGGCCCCAACCGCUGCGCUGGGAGGGUGGAGGUGCUCCACAACCACAUGUGGGGGACGGUCUGCGAUGAUGGCUGGGACCUGGUAGAUGCGACGGUGGUGUGCCGGCAGCUGGGCUGUGGCACAGCGCUGUCGGCCACCAGCGGGGCUCACUUCGGGAGGGGCCAUGAUCCCAUCUGGUUGGACGAGGUGAACUGCACUGGCACUGAGGACACCCUCUUCAACUGCCGGGCCAGCGCAUGGGGGGACAACAACUGCUUCCACGGGGAGGAUGCUGGAGUGAUAUGUUCAGGGGUAUCCGUGGCUGCUGAGCUUCGCCUGGCCAACGGUUCGACACACUGCGAAGGCAGGGUGGAGGUCACCCACAACGGCACCUGGGCAUCCCUGUGUGACGAAGGCUGGGGUCUGGCUGAGGCUCGAGUGGUGUGCAGGCAGCUGGGCUGCGGGAGAGCGCUGUCAGCACCCGGCGGGUCACAUUUUGGGCAAGGACCCGGGCGAAUGUGGCCUGACAGGGUGAGCUGCAUGGGCACGGAGACUGCCUUCUCUACGUGCAAUAUGAAGCCCUGGGGCAAUGGCACUUGUCACCAUGGGAGAGAAGCUGGCGUUGUGUGCGCAGGUACUUUGGAGGGCGACCAGGUCCGGCUGGUGAACUACGGCAGGCCGCUGGUGAACUGCGCCAGCCGCUGCGCUGGCAGGGUCGAGGUCUUCCAUAACAAGCGUUGGGGGACGGUGUGUGAUGACAGCUGGGACCUGCUGGAUGCCGAGGUCGUCUGCCGGCAGCUGGACUGUGGGCGAGCGCUGUCAGCUCCUGGUGGGGGGCAGUUUGGGCGUGGGGAUGGCAUCAUCUGGAUGGACGAGACAAACUGCACGGGGACAGAGAACACGCUGUCCACCUGCUGGGCCCGUCCGUGGGGCAUCAAUAAUUGCUACCAUGGUGAAGAUGCUGGUGUAGUUUGCUCAGACUCAAUCAUCCCUGAGCCAGCUCAUCUCCGGCUGGCAAACGGCUCACACCGUUGUGCUGGCAGAGUUGAGGUGCUUCACCAGGAGGAGUGGGGAGCCGUCUGCGACCACAACUGGGAUAAGCGGGAUGCUGAGGUUGUGUGCCGGCAGCUGGGCUGUGGGAUGCCGCUGCCGGCAUCAGAGGGGGCGGACUUCGGUGCUGGAUCCCUGCGCGUCUGGCUGGACAACGUCAACUGCCAGGGGACAGAGCCCACCCUUACGAAAUGCCAGGCGAGCCUGUGGGGAGAGAGCAGCUGCAGCCACGGAAAGCACGCCAGCGUGGUGUGCUCAGGCUCAGCUGUUUCCAGCUUCGCCCCGGUCCGGCUGGUGGAUGGCCCAAGUCACUGCACCGGGAGGGUCGAGGUGUUUCAUAAUGAGAAAUGGGGGACGGUGUGCGACGACAGCUGGGACUUCGCGGAUGCCAAAGUGGUGUGCCGGCAGCUGGACUGCGGGAUGGUGAUAUCGGCUCCGCGGCGGGCUCACUUCGGGCAGGGAAAGGGACCCAUCUGGCUGGACGACGUGCGCUGCAUGGGGACAGAGGCUGCCCUCUCCGAAUGCAGAGCCAAAGGCUGGGGCAUCCAUGGAUGUGAGCAUGGAGAAGACGCCGGCGUGGUGUGCUCAGGAUCAGGCAUUUCUGACCUUGGAAACCUUCGCCUGGUGAAUGGCUCAGACUCGUGUUCCGGGAGAGUUGAAGUGUUUCACGAUCAGCGCUGGGGAGGCAUCUGCAGCGAUGGCUGGGACCUGGCCGAAGCCCAUGUGGUGUGUCGGCAGCUGGGCUGCGGGGCAGCGCACUCGGCUGCAGGGUCUACCCAGUAUGAGACAGGAGAUGGCCUGAUCUGGGUGGAUGCUGUGGAGUGCACCGGGAUGGAGGGGGCCCUCUUCGAAUGCAAGGUCAAGUUCUGGGGUGCCAAGAGCUGCAAGUCAAAGGGGCACGCAGGUGUCGCAUGCUCUGCAGCCGCAGACUUGGGCCUGAGGAGCUUGGAAGCCCUGCAGCUAGUGAACGGCCCACACCGCUGUGCUGGGAGAGUGGAGGUCUUUCACAACCAGCAGUGGGGGACCAUUUGUGACGAUGGCUGGGACCUGAAAGAUGCGGCUGUGGUGUGCCGGCAGCUGGGCUGUGGGACAGCGGUGUCAGCCCCAGGUUUAUCUGGGUUUGGGCAAGGAUCUGGCCCCAUCUGGCUAGAUAGGGUGAGUUGCCUCGGGACAGAAGCCACCCUCGCUGAAUGCCAGGUCAAGUCUUGGGGACACCAUGCAUGUAACCAUGUGGAAGACGCCAGUGUUGUGUGCUCAGGCUCGGGGAUUGACAGCAUCCCCAGGCUUCGCCUGGUGGGUGGUUGGAGUGAGUGCGCCGGGAGGGUCGAGGUGUUCUAUAACAACGAGUGGGGGACUGUUUGCGACGACAGCUGGGACCUGAGUGACGCAGCAGUGGUCUGCCGGCAGCUGGGCUGCGGGGGGGCCGUCUCGGCCCCUGGCGCGGCUCGGUUCGGGUGGGGAUCCGGUCGCAUCUGGCUGGAUGAUGUGAGCUGCACAGGGCAGGAAACCAACUUCUUUGAGUGCGGAGCCAAGAUGUGGGGUGUCCACAACUGCCGCCACGGGGAGGAUGCCAGCGUGGUGUGCGCAGCCAUGUGCCCACCUAUUUCUCUCUCCACAAAAGCAGGCAACUUCAGCUCAGCUGACCUGCGGCUGGUGGAUGGGCCACACCGCUGCGCUGGGAGGGUGGAGGUGCUCCACAUUGGGCAGUGGGGGACGGUCUGCGAUGACGCCUGGGACCUGAACGAUGCAGCAGUGGUCUGCAGGCAGCUGGGCUGCGGCAGAGCUCAGGCAGCCCCCAGCCGGGCUCACUUCGGGCAGGGGACAGGGCAGAUCUGGCUGGAUGAGGUGGCCUGCACCGGCAGCGAGGAUGCCCUCGCCCACUGCCGAGCUCGUCCCUGGGGACAGAGUAACUGCAACCAUAGAGAAGACGCUGGUGUGGUGUGCUCAGGUAUGUCAACGACUGUCCGGCUUGUGGAUGGCCCACAUCACUGUGCUGGGAGGGUGGAGGUCUUUCACAACCAGCAAUGGGGGACCGUCUGUGACGACGGCUGGGACCUGAUCGACGCGACAGUGGUCUGCCGGCAGCUGGGCUGUGGGGCGGCCAUCGCGGCCCCCACAGGGGCUUCCUUUGGGAGGGGGCUGAAUCCCAUCUGGUUGGACAGAGUUGCCUGCAUCGGGAGGGAAAGCACCAUCAUGGAGUGUCGGGCCAGGCCUUGGGGAAUCAACGGCUGCACCCAUGAAGAGGAUGCUGGCGUGGUCUGCUCAGGUUUGCAUCCUGGCCAGUGCCACCAGAAAGUUCCCCCAGAUGUGUGGUUCUCUUGCCCUCACACUGCAUUGCCUGCUUCUCUGCCCGCAGACCUGGCUGGGGCAGAGGUGGCAGAGGUCCGCCUGGCAGAAGGACCAAACGACUGCGCUGGGAGGGUGGAGGUGCUCCACAAUGGGCUGUGGGGGACGGUCUGCGACGACAGCUGGGACCUGAACGACGCGGCAGUAGUCUGCAGGCAGCUGGGCUGCGGCAGGGCCGUGAUGGCCCCCAACAGGGGACGGGGCAGAUCUGGCUGGAUGACACAAGCUGCACCGGGAGUGAAGACAACCUCGCCCAAUGCCAACAUCACAGAGACGCUGACGCAGGUCCGCUUGGCUGAUGGCCCAAACCGCUGCGCUGGGAGAGUGGAGGUGCUUCACCAACGACAGUGGGGGACCAUCUGUGAUGACGGCUGGGAUCUGAAGGAUGCCAAAGUGGUCUGCCGGCAGCUGGGCUGCGGGACAGCCGUGUCAGCCCCGGGCCAAGCUCACUUCGGGCACGGGUCAGAUCCCAUCUGGCUGGAUGACGUGGAGUGCACCGGCAUGGAGACCACCUUCUCCCAGUGCAGCCUUAGCGGCUGGGGAGUCCAUAACUGCAACCAUGAGGAAGACGCAGGAGUCGUGUGCUCAGGCACAAACCCCUUGCAGGUGCGGGUGCAGGACGCCCACCGGCACCCUGGGGACCAGAGCACUGCAGCAACAUCCUUCCAGCCCGUGGGAUCCAUCUACCUCCCCACCAAGGCAGAAGUCUUUGAGGAUGCUGACACUGAGACAACGCAGCUCAUGAAGGAAGAUACUGCCCCAUGA